AUGCCUGAUGUCAUAGUAGAGCCAUGCUCUGAAUACGCCCGCGCUUCAGGUCCCAACGCUAUCAAAGGCGCGUUCAUAAAGAGCAAAAAUAUGCUCCAACCUUUCUACACCACAGGCUUACAGAACCUUGCCGAGCUUGCCUACCAAUCUGAGUCCGAGGAUGAGAAGCCCGUUGUCCGCAAGACGCAUAUGAGAUCUUCAUUUAGGGAUGUCAUGGCUCAGGCUAGAGGUGGGCAAGGUUUUGUGCCGCAUGAGGAGGAAGAGGAAGACAAGGUGAUGAAGAAUGAACGUGAGCGACCAAAUACACACGCAGAUACACCGAGUUCAGAAGUACCCGCCAGUAUCUCUGAUCCGGUGGACUUCAGUCGUCUUCAGAAGGCUUUACAGGAUCGUGAUCAAUACCGACGAAAGGAGCCUUAUGUCUCGCGGAAGCCACUUGGCGUUAAGGACAGCAAUGAACUUCCUGCUCUCCUAUCCUUGAAGAAGCAAAAUCAUCAGGUCAAUCAGUCUGAGGUUAGGAUGUGCAAUCAUAAAACCUUCGUCAUCUACUGGGAUCCUGAAGAUCCUAGCAAUCGCAACGGUUCAUUCAUAUCUAGGAGCGUUGAUGUCAAGAGAUUAACCAUGGAGAUGGCCAGUAGUAUCAUAGAAGCUUUCGAGAAGCAGGAGGAUCACCACAUAACGGGUCGUGAUGAAAGACGUAAAGACAUUGAGCCGGAACGACCACCGUCUCACAGUAUCGUCUUACGAGAGGUUCACAACAUGUACUCUCAGCUUUUUCGUCAUGAGAUUCGCAAGCUAGUCAAGACUGAAGAGGCUGUUAACAUAAAGCUUGAUGCGAGGGAGCGGCUAGCAGCCCAGCGGUUACGUCAACGUGGUAGUGCUGCAAAGAACCGUAACAACAACAACACGCCGGAAGUGGACGAAAAGCCAGACUCAGCUCUAGGAACAAGCCCUUCAAAACAGAAGAGGAAGACGCCUAGACAGAUCGCGGAAGAGAAGGUAGCUCGAAACAAGGAGCGCAGGGCUUUGACCGAUAUCGUCAGGGUCCGCGUCGAGCCAUUGGACCGCUACAAGCCCUCAACAGUGGAGGAGCAACAGGCUCGAGCGACCCGGGCCGCAGAUCAGGUUCGACGUGAACGCGCUGCCAAUGUGCAGAAUAUGGAGCCUGAAACUAAAUUCUCAUGGAAGUCGAAUAGGUUCGCGGUCGUCAUCGACAUGGCUGAAGACAACGAGACUACUUCCCCUACUCAAGAGGCGAAGAAGCCUAGGUAUCACCGCCUAGCUAGGCGCGUUACAGACUCCUAUGGUGAGUCUAGUGAAGCCGAAGCUAAGGUUGAAGCCUUUUCAGAGCUUGUAAGUCACGCUGCCGCCAUUGGAAACGAACUCAAGCUGGCGACUCUGGCGCCUGCUUCUGCAGCUUCGCGAGGUUCUAAGCGGAAGAAAGCAUUCUCUGAUUGUGGAGAGGAGAUUUCGGCCUCAUCAUCUUCGCUUUCCCCACGACUGAUCAAGAAGGCGAAGCAAGGAAGUUUCUCCGAGCAAAUCGCGUUAUCUAUAGAGCAGAACCAAGGAGGAAAAAACUGA